AAUGGAGGGGUAGUUCCCCAUCACGGACGAAGAUGCUUGCACUCGAAGCAACAAGUUAUAAGUGUGAACAAUACUUUGUACAGAACAGAGCCACCAUCGCCUUCACCCACCCACGGAGAUCCCACAAACUCCUAUUCUCAAAAUUUCUAUACUCUCUUAUCUCUUUCACUUUUCAUUCUCAAGUUGGAGCUUAGAAGGCACUGAUCUGAUAUGGGUGUGGAGAAGGAGGAAGGUGACAAACAUGACGAGGGAACUGUGUCAGAGAAUCAUGCAGAAAGCAGCACAAAUGGGGAAAAGGCAGAAAAGAGCAAACAGAAAGAAAAACCUGAGACAGUUCCAUUUCACAAGCUGUUCACCUUUGCAGACUCCACUGACAUUCUGUUGAUGACAGUUGGGACCAUUGGUGCCAUUGGAAAUGGUUUGGGUUUGCCUCUCAUGACGUUACUGUUCGGUCAAAUGAUUGAUAGCUUCGGUAGUAACCAACGAAACCCGGAUGUAGUGAAACAAGUGUCCAAGGUUUCCUUGAAAUUUGUAUACUUGGCUGUAGGAUGUGGGGUGGCAGCAUUCCUACAGGUGACUAGCUGGAUGGUCACAGGAGAAAGACAGGCUGCACGAAUAAGGGGAUUGUAUUUGAAAACUAUUCUAAGACAAGAUGUUGCUUUCUUUGAUAAGGAAACAAACACAGGAGAGGUUGUAGGGAGGAUGUCUGGUGAUACGGUUCUUAUACAAGAUGCCAUGGGUGAGAAGGUUGGGAAAUUUUUGCAGCUAAUUUCAACAUUCUUUGGGGGAUUUGUGAUAGCAUUUGUUAAAGGGUGGCUUCUUACAGUUGUCAUGUUGUCCACUCUUCCACUUCUUGCUAUUUCAGGUGCUGCUAUGGCUUUCAUCAUUAGCAAGAUGGCUACUCGAGGUCAAACUGCUUAUGCGAAAGCUGCUCAUGUAGUUGAACAGACAAUUGGCUCAAUAAGGACUGUUGCAUCCUUCACCGGUGAAAAGCAAGCAGUAUCUAGUUAUAGCAAAUUUCUUGUAGAUGCUUACAGAUCAGGAAUUCAUGAAGGUUCCAUAGCUGGAUUGGGUCUAGGCACAGUUAUGUUUGUUAUUUUUUGUGGUUAUGCUUUGGCUGUAUGGUUUGGAGCAAAGAUGAUAAUGGAGAAAGGAUACAAUGGUGGCACUGUAAUUAAUGUGAUUAUUGCUGUGUUAACCGCUUCAAUGUCUCUCGGCCAAGCAUCCCCUAGCAUGAGUGCUUUUGCGGCUGGUCAGGCUGCAGCUUACAAAAUGUUUGAGACAAUUGAAAGGAAGCCAGAGAUAGAUGCUUAUGAUCCAAAUGGAAAAAUAUUAGAAGAUAUACAGGGUGAAAUACAGUUAAGGGAUGUUUAUUUCAGUUAUCCAGCCAGACCUGAGGAAUUGAUAUUCAAUGGAUUCUCUCUUCAUAUACCCAGUGGUACCACUGCAGCAUUAGUUGGACAAAGUGGAAGUGGAAAGUCUACAGUUAUCAGCUUGGUAGAGAGAUUCUAUGAUCCACAGGCAGGUGAAGUUCUUAUUGAUGGUGUUAACUUGAAAGAGUUUCAGCUUAGGUGGAUUAGAGGAAAAAUUGGCCUUGUGAGCCAGGAGCCAGUGUUGUUUGCAUCUAGCAUUAAGGAUAAUAUUGCAUAUGGAAAGGAGGGAGCAACAAUUGAAGAGAUAAGAUCUGCAUCUGAACUUGCAAAUGCUGCUAAAUUCAUUGAUAAACUUCCACAGGGAUUGAACACAAUGGUUGGUGAGCACGGUACUCAGUUGUCUGGUGGACAGAAGCAGCGCAUUGCCAUUGCAAGAGCAAUCCUGAAGGAUCCUAGAAUUUUACUUCUUGAUGAAGCUACAAGUGCACUUGAUGCAGAGUCUGAAAGGAUAGUGCAAGAAGCUCUAGAUAGAAUCAUGGUCAACAGAACUACUGUUAUUGUGGCACAUCGCUUGAGCACAGUGAGGAAUGCUGAUAUGAUUGCUGUAAUCCAUAAAGGGAAGAUGGUUGAGAAAGGAACACACUCAGAAUUACUUAAGGAUCCUGAGGGAGCUUACACUCAACUUAUACGCCUACAAGAAGUAAACAAGGAAGCAGAAGAAAUUGCAGACAAUCAUAAGAGUGAACAUUCUGCAGAAUCCUUUAGACAAUCUAGUCAAAGGAGGUCACUUCAAAGAUCUAUUAGUAGGGGAUCAUCCAUAGGAAAUAGUAGCCGCCACUCAUUUUCAGUUUCCUUUGGUUUACCCACUGGAGUUAAUGUCCCUGAUCAUGAACAUGAAAACUUACAAUCCAAAGAACAAGCACCAGAGGUUCCACUCAGCCGCCUUGCUUCCCUCAACAAGCCAGAGAUUCCAGUUCUUCUUAUUGGAUGUGUGGCUGCAAUAGGAAAUGGUGUUAUACUUCCAAUAUUUGGUGUUUUGAUUUCCAGUGUGAUCAAAACAUUUUAUGAACCGUUUGAUGAGAUGAAAAAGGACUCCAAGUUUUGGGCAUUGAUGUUUAUGACCCUUGGUCUUGCAUCGUUCUUGAUAAUUCCAGCACGAGCAUACUUUUUUUCUGUGGCUGGAUGCAAGUUAAUCCAACGUAUCAGGCUAAUAUGUUUUGAGAAGGUGGUCAACAUGGAGGUUGGUUGGUUUGAUGAACCUGAAAACUCAAGUGGCGCUGUUGGUGCAAGGCUCUCAGCUGAUGCUGCUUCUGUGCGUGCUCUUGUUGGUGAUGCACUGGGACUAUUAGUUCAAAAUUUAGCAUCUGCAUUGGCAGGUUUGAUUAUUGCUUUCGUUGCAAGUUGGGAGCUAGCAUUUAUUAUUCUUGUCUUAAUUCCCCUCAUUGGAGUAAAUGGGUAUGUUCAAAUGAAAUUCAUGAAAGGAUUCAGUGCAGAUGCAAAGAUGAUGUACGAGGAAGCAAGCCAAGUUGCUAAUGAUGCAGUUGGAAGUAUAAGAACAGUAGCUUCUUUCUGUGCUGAAGAUAAGGUUAUGGAACUAUACAGGAAAAAAUGUGAAGGCCCUAUGAAAACAGGGAUACGACAAGGGUUAAUUAGUGGAUCAGGAUUUGGGGUUUCAUUUUUCUUACUGUUUAGUGUCUACGCAACUAGUUUCUAUGCAGGAGCUAGACUAGUGGACGCUGGGAAGGCAACAUUCUCAGAUGUUUUCCGGGUUUUCUUUGCGUUAACUAUGGCAGCUAUUGGAGUUUCCCAAUCAAGCUCCUUUGCUCCUGACUCAAGCAAAGCCAAGUCAGCUACUGCUUCUAUAUUUGGAAUGAUUGAUAAGAAGUCAAAGAUAGACCCAAGUGAUGAGUCUGGCACCACAUUGGAUAGUGUUCAGGGAGAAAUUGAGCUUCGUCAUGUGAGUUUCAAGUAUCCAUCUAGGCCUGAUAUACCGAUUUUCCGAGACCUCAGCUUGGUUAUUCAUUCUGGCAAGACGGUGGCCCUUGUUGGUGAAAGCGGAAGUGGCAAAUCCACUGUGAUUGCCUUGUUGCAAAGAUUUUAUGAUCCUGAUUCAGGGCAAAUCACCCUUGAUGGGAUAGAAAUUCGGGAGUUAAAGCUCAAGUGGUUAAGGCAGCAAAUGGGUCUUGUAAGCCAAGAGCCAGUAUUGUUCAAUGACACCAUCCGUGCUAACAUUGCCUAUGGUAAAGGAGGCAAUGCAACUGAAGCAGAAAUCAUAGCUGCAGCAGAAUUGGCCAAUGCCCACAAGUUCGUUAGUAGCUUACACCAGGGUUAUGAUACUGUAGUGGGGGAGAGGGGAACACAAUUAUCUGGUGGGCAAAAGCAACGGGUAGCCAUUGCACGAGCGAUUAUUAAAAGUCCAAAGAUAUUGCUUCUGGAUGAGGCCACUAGUGCAUUAGACGCUGAGUCAGAGAGGGUUGUUCAAGAUGCACUGGACAAAGUCAUGGUGAACAGAACCACUGUGGUUGUGGCCCAUCGUCUAUCUACAAUAAAAAAUGCAGAUUUGAUUGCUGUUGUGAAAAAUGGAGUUAUAGUGGAGAAAGGAAGGCACGAAACACUCAUCAACGUCAAUGGUGGAUUUUAUGCUUCCUUAGUCCAACUCCACACAAGUGCUUCAACAGUAUGAGUUUUGCGGCUUUUCCCUUACUCCCUUCUUUUCUCUAUUCUUUCUGCUAAAAUUUGAGAAGUUCAACAAAAGAUCAAUACCUAAUCUUUGUUUCAAUUUUCAUGUAAGAAAAUCGAUUCGUGCUAUCAUUAAUGGUAGCGUGUACUUCACAAUAGCCGACCAAAAAAAUGUGUACAAUGAUUGAACUUCCUACAACAGUUUGAUAGCAAUAUAGCAAAUUUUUACC